AUAGUAGUUAGUUACUGUGUGUAGUGGUUUUUGUCAUUGUGUGUAGUUAAACACGCAGGAUUCAGACACAAAAGGAGCAACUCGUCAGAGAGAGAAAUUGCAAUUAAUUAAUUUAUUAAUAAUAAUAAAUCAAAGGAAGGAGAGAUUUCAGAGUGUUGCAGAGAGAAAGAGAGGGGCAUGGCGGCGUUUGCAGUGCAGAGAUAGCUGUAAAAAGACUGUGGUACUGUUCCUUCCUUUAUUAUUAUUAAUAGAUUAAAUUAUUACAAAAAAAAAAAAAAAAAAAAACAUAAGUUAGGAGUAUUACACAAAAACAAACGUUGAAGGAAGCUAUAGCUGCUAGCUGGGAAGUGAUAUUGAAAGCGUGAUUAACGCUGCUUGCUGCCACGACACUGUUUAGCCGUCUGUUUCUGUUUUCUGUCCUUCUUUUUCUUAUUAACUUCAAUUCAAUUCAAUUACUAUACUCUUUUCCCAACCAUAACAAGGAGACAUAUACUUAUGUUUUCAUUUUCUCUGUGUUUUGUUUUGUGUAAUUUUCUGGAGACGCACACAAAACACGGUAUCCCAUAAACCAUUUUUCACAAAUCCCAAUUAAUUCUCUCUCAACUGUUUCUUGAUUUCUCAUGUUCUUUGUACCAAAAACAAAAAACCUAUUUAGGUUUUUGAUAUGGAAAUUGAGACACAAUUAAAGAAAGUAUUGUUGUUAGGGUUAAGGUUUUUUUCUUCAAAGAAAUGGCUGGUUUGUUCUCAUUAGGAGGAGGUGGAAGAGGAAACCAAGGAGAAGAAUCACAACAACAAGGUCAUAUUCCACCACAAGAGACACUAUUUUGGUACAACAAAAACGAUGAUGUUUCAUCUUACAGAGGUAAUUUAGAAUUAUGGAACCAACACCAACAACACCAGCAACAUCAACAACAAGAUGAUAUGCAUGCUGCACGGCCGUUCUUCCCGCGAGAUCUCUACGGUCCAGGAGUUGGUUUAGGUGUUGGACCAAGCAGGGUUUCAUCAGAUGAUCAUGAACAUCAAUCGUCGUCGAGAUCGGCGGCGUUUACUAUGGCGAUGAGGUCUUCUUCUUCAGCUGAAGGGAUAAGUUGUCAAGAUUGUGGUAACCAAGCUAAGAAAGAUUGUCCUCACAUGAGAUGUAGAACUUGUUGUAAGAGUCGUGGUUUUCAGUGUCAAACUCAUGUUAAAAGCACUUGGGUUCCUGCUUCUAGACGCCGUGAACGUCAACAACAGUUAUCUUCUUCUCCAUUACAAAGAGAUAUUUCUAAACGCCCUAGAGAUGGUUCAAAUGCUCUUGUUUCAACUCGUAAUUUUCAUACAGGCUUAGAGGAAGCAAAUUUUCCUGCUGUGGUAAGCUCACCAGCGGAGUUCAGGUGUGUAAGGGUUAGUUCAAUUGAUGAUGCAGAUGAUAGGUAUGCAUAUCAAACGGCUGUUAACAUUGGAGGACAUUUGUUCAAAGGAAUUCUCUAUGAUUUUGGUCCAGAAAGUAGUACCAACAAUAGCAACAACAAUAGUAAUUAUAAUAAUAGUAAUUACAUGAUUGGGGAGACUUCCGGUGGAGGCGGUGUUGGCGUUGCUCAACCGUUGAACCUAAUUGCCGACUCUGAUACCACUGUUGUUGCCUCUUCGGGCGCACUUGUUGAUCCUUCUUCGUUGUAUUCGGCUCCGAUUAAUGCCUUCAUGACGGCUAGUGGUACGCAAUUCUUCCCUCGCCCAAGAUCUUGAAAACAAAAUUGAGAAGAAAGAGGAGUUAUUAUGGGGAUCAUGGCGUAUAUAUUAUCCCACAUAUAUACUUCUCUUUUACCAAAAUUUGUGUUUCAAUCAUUUGACCAUGACAUUGUUGUUGUGGCCAAGUAGUAGAGGUAAAUUUGACACACAUAUUGAAGUAGUAGAACAAAAUGAGAUUAUUAUAUCAAGGAUGUUUGAUUUUUGUGCAAAAUUAUCAAUGCUUUGUCCAAAAAUACUAUAUUUAUUCUUCUUCUCCUUGAAAAACUAGCUAGCCAAAGCUAUUGUUUCUUUCUAUGUGUACUCUAUAAUGGACUUCUAUGGCUCUAUUAUUAAAUGUAGCUUAAUAUAAUUAGUG